AACCUCGAUGGUUGCAGCUGUGCGGGCAUGGAUCGCUCGACGAUGCAGAAUCCACGUAGCGCUCCGCGAAGCAUCUCUGUCGCGAGGUGGUGAUGCCAAAGAAGGAACGCGCAUGCGCGCGUGUGGUUCGCGCUCCCGGCGUGGGGCUCGCCGAAGUCGCACUCCUGCUUGGCCUUGUCUCGGCGCGGAGCGGGACGCUCAGCACUCGUCCAGCAAAGCACGACAUUGGACUUCCCUGCAGGUAUUCGCGCCGGGUCGCCAAAAUGUGGAGGUGCUACGUGUAUAAAAGCCACCUUCGUCGAAGGGGAACUGCAGCAGCAGCAUCCUCGACUCGCUCUAUCCCCCACUUCCGCCUUCUAGACUUCCUCCCAACCACUACACCCUCACACCUACUGUCAUGGGAAAGUUCCUCGCCACCGUUCUCUGCGCCGUCCUAUAUGGCUCGCUCGCCGCCGCCAUCCCGGUGGGCGACGUCUCCGCAUCCUCGUCUGCUUCGUCGAGCAUCGCAGAGGCUGCGACGAGCACGAGCGGCGGCGCGUCCCCCAGCCCCACGGUCCCACUCGCGAGUGAUGACCCUAACUACUGGCUAUGGAACGAGACGACGACAACGGACCCGCAGCCUGAACGUGGCUCGCUCGGAGCGAACAUCCUGGGCCCGCAGAACGUCGCCAUCGACAGGCAGAACCCGGAUAUCCUGGCUCCCCCGACGACGGAUCAAGGCACGGUUGGCAACGCCAAGUGGCCUUUCAGCCUAAGCAAGCAACAACUAAACACGGGUGGAUGGGUCCGGCAGCAGAACGUGCAGCAGAUGCCUAUUGCUACAGCUAUGGCCGGCGUAAACAUGCGCCUAGAGUCGGGUGCUAUCCGCGAGCUUCAUUGGCACCAGACCGCCGAGUGGGCUUACGUCCUGAGCGGCUCGACACAGAUCUCGUCCGUGGACCAGCUCGGGCGGAACUACGUUGCGACAGUGCGCCAAGGCGACUUGUGGUACUUCCCACCUGGUAUUCCCCACUCUCUCCAGGCUACGAACGACUCCUCCGAAGGCACAGAGUUUCUUCUGAUCUUCCCUGAUGGCAACUUUAACGACGACGACACGCUUUUGCUCACGGACUGGCUUGCGCACACUCCCAAAGAAGUAAUCGCAAAGAACUUCCAGGACAACAUAGCCGACUGGGACGACAUUCCCGGCUCGCAACUCUACAUCUUCCCUGGCGUGCCGCCGCCGGACAACCAGCAGCCGCCGACGAGCCCCGCGGGCGAGAUCCCGCAGCCGUUCUCAUAUGCAUUUUCGGAGGUGACGCCGACACAGUACACAGGCGGCACGGCCAAGAUCGCGGACUCGACGACGUUCAAGGUGGCUACGAAGAUCGCCGUUGCUGAGGUCACGGUCGAGCCUGGAGCGAUGCGCGAGAUGCAUUGGCACCCGACACAAAGCGAAUGGGGCUUCUUCCUUGAGGGCACUGCACGAGUGACGCUUUUCGCUGGAACCGCCAUAGCGCAGACCUUCGACUACCAGCCCGGAGACAUCAGCUACAUUCCGACUGCCUACGGCCAUUACGUCGAGAACACGGGCAACACGACCCUGAAGUUCCUCGAGAUCUUCAACUCGGAUGUCUUCCAGGACGUCAGCCUCGCGCAGUGGCUCGCGUUGACGCCGCCCGCGCUUGUGAAGCAGCACCUCCAACUGUCCGACGCGACUAUUUCGAGGUUCAACCGCACGAAGGGCGUGGUCGUCGGUGGGCCCGGUGCGAAUGCUUCUUCUUGAGCGGCGUGUUGCUCUACUCGCAGUUGCAACUCCAG